GUAUAUAAGGUCCCGCCAGGCGCUGCGCUUCCCACCUCGCCUGAGUCCGCCAGAGCCCACAGGUCUCCCUGCACCCGGCGUCAUGGGCAGAGCAAUGGUGGCCAGUCUGGGGCUGCUGCUCCUGGCACUGCUCCCACCCAUGCAGAUUUACUCAAAACAAACAGCAGUUGUGCAACCUUCAAGUAACACCUCCCAGAACACCUCUACUACCCCAAAUCCAACUAAUGCCACCACCAAGGCGGGCAGUGGUGCCCUGCAGUUGACAGCCAGUCUCCUUGUGGUCUCCAUCUCUCUUCUACAUCUGUACUGUUAGAGACUCUGGCCAAGAAACGUCCCUACUUCCCCAUCUUGUAAACCCAAUCCAAAUGGCGACCAGAAGUGCAGUGUGGCAAGGAAGAAAUCUAAUUCCACACCUUAUUUUAUUGAUGCAGAAAAUGCUAAGAAUUCCAAAUUUGAUUCAUUUGAAGGAUGUGUGAAGGGACUGACAGACGAUGAAUGCCAGUAUUAAAUCUGCUGGAGGUUUUUUUUUGUACAAGAUGAAGAGAGAUAACAACAUCCAAGAUUAACCAUGAUUUCCUCAAAUAUGGUUUAAGAAAUAUGGACACUUAAAACUCUACCUUGAAAACAAGAAUAGACUUGCAAGCGGAAGGAUCCGAGUUCGAUCCCUGGUAAAAAAAAAAAAAGAAAAGAAAAGAAAAGAAAACAAGAAUAGACUAUCUAGAAAUAAAAGAUGGGAUGAGGAAUGGAGACUCAGUUUUCAUUAGGUUCAUUAAAUCUAUACGGCCAUAAAACAUAAUAUAAAAAACUUGCAUGAUGCUAUUUAUAAGUAAAUUAGAAGGAACUACCAGGUAUUACUGUAAUUCCUCAAUAUGUUGUUGCAACAGUACUAAUUUAAUGCUCAUAUCCUCUAGAUAAAGUUUCCCAUUGUUAAACUGUCACUGUUUUCUUGGAAACUGAACUCUUUCCCCCGCCUUCUGUGGCUUUGGAUUUGAUGUUACAUUUGACUUUUUAUGUGGUAAUUGACAUGUGCCAGGGCAACAGUGGACAGGAACCCACCCCCAAAUCUAAGUAUCUUGAGUAAAUCUUCUUUCCAAAGUGAAAUGGUAGGCAUUUCCCACCACCUGUUUUCAUUCAACAAAAGCACCAGAUUCAUCCAGCUAAACUGAUUCCAAGAGUAAAAUUGUAUUGACCUCAACUAAUUUCAAAAUGCUGCCUUUUAAUUUCUGUAUAUGUUGACUACUUCUCACAAUCAAAAAUAGUCUGUUUUGAAGGUAAAAUUACAAAUCUUGAAAUUAAAAAGGUAAAUAUGCAAAGGAGCCAAAACUAAAUCAAGCACUUGGGAAGCUAGAACUAGAAGCUAACUUGCAUAAAUUUGCAAAAACUUUUAUACUUUUUCUUUUUUGUGUUUUUUUGGUACCGGGAAUCGAACUCUGGUCCUUGUGCUUGCACAGCAGGUGGCGAAACCACUGAGCUAAAUCCCCGGUCCAUACUUUUUCUGUAAAUAUAUAUUUUUUUAACUCUGGAUCACAGUAGCCACAUUUGGAACCCAUUCUGUUAUCAGUCAAUAUUUUUAGAUAGUUAGAACUGUCCUAAACCUUGAUUUUUGCCAUAAGUCUUUCUACAACUGCCUUGAUACACAAACCCUUUUUUUUUUCAAGACACACCCUAAACUCUUUUGUUCCCAUGGUCACACACUGAUGCUUAUAUUUUCCAGUAUCUAAUAGGACCACAAUAGUCUUGAUAAUCCGUCAUUGCUUUCUCAUCUUUAGGAAUCUACAUGGGGAGCCGAGGAUUUAGCUCAGUGGUUCCACCACCUGUCUCGCAAGCACAAGGAGUUCCAUCCCUGGUACCCCCACUCUCCAAAAAAAAAUGGAAAUCUACAUGGGAACAACCAGAUUGAACAGAUCUAAAGCUACUGUGUGUGUGAAUGAACACUCCCUUUUUUUUCAUAUCUGAAUGCUGCACAUCUGUUU